AUGCCGGAGCUCCUCGAAGAUAUGGUCUUUGCCCACAACAGUUUAUCAGCUUCUGUGACUAGUUUUACUUUCGGCUAUUUUAUUUACGACUUCUUUGAUUUAUUGGCAGCCAGCCGGUGGUCGAUCUCGAAGACCAAUUUUGAUAUCAUUCUUCAUCAUGUGCUCGUCAUUUGCUGCUUCGGUUCCUGUGUCGUGCAACAACGAUACAUGGGACUGUCUAUGCUCUCCAUCCUCAUGGAAGUCAACUCGGUAUUCCUUCAUCUUCGAAAAAUCUCCCGAAAUUUCGACAUAAAAUCUGGCCUGAUUUACUACUCAAUCGUUGCCCUCAAUUUCAUCACGCUCCUGGCUUUCCGCGUUGCCGUCUCGUACAAAAUGAUCGUCUGGUUGUCUACAGUCGACAGAAGUGGAAUUCCUAAUGUUGUCUUCUACCUCGGUGUUAUUGCCAUGCCUAUAAUUGCCGCCAUGAACUGUGUGCUGUUCUACAGAUGUCUUCGCGUAGACAUCUUGCGACCCUUAUCCCGACCGAUCAAGAAAGAAUAA